AGCGAUAUCUCUUGCCGUACACGUAGUUCCAACACCUGUCCUCUCUCAGUGCGAAGUCACAGCAAAGAAACCGCGAAACAACCACCCUUGUUUGGUGUCGUGUGUGCGGUGUGCUUAUCAGGAAGUCGAUAUCACGUGCUUGACACACCGAUUGCAAUAAACUGAACGCCCCGAGUGUGAAAGUCUCUCCGAGUGAUGACUAACUCUUGAAGCAAGUCGUCUGCCAUGUCUUCGGUUAAAGUGGCCGUCCGUGUACGGCCGCUGAGCGGCAGGGAGGUGGACAUGGACGCCGAAUUCGUCGUCUCUAUGGAUGGCCGCACCACGAGCAUAACGAACAUCAAGGCCGAGCGCGAUCGCUUGAAGACAUUUUCCUACGACUUUGCCUACUGGUCGGUGAGUGGUGGAGACCGGAACUUUGCAUCUCAGCAGCAGGUUUUUGAGGAUCUGGGCAGAGGUGUGAUCGAAAGCGCGUUUGAAGGAUACAAUGCAUGUAUAUUUGCGUAUGGACAGACAGGAUCGGGAAAGACUUACACGAUGAUGGGCAACCCGGAGGAUAUUGGUCUGAUUCCACGGAUAUGCGAUGGGUUGUAUCAGUUGAUUGCUGACUACCAGACGGAAGGACUGUCUUGUCGAACUGAAGUUAGUUUUUUGGAAAUCUACAAUGAACGGGUUCGCGAUCUAUUUCGGCCUCAUGGACAGUCUGUGAAGUCGACUCAUGGCUUACGAGUGAGAGAACAUCCGAAAACUGGACCCUAUGUGGAAGGUUUGACGAAACAUGUAGUGUCUGAUUAUGCGGCAAUAGAGGCACUGAUGCAGAUGGGAAAUAAUCGAAGAGUGACUGCAGCAACAGCAAUGAAUGAUGUUAGCAGUCGCUCUCAUGCCAUAUUUACCAUUACGUUCACACGAGCUCGAUUUUGUGAAGGCUUGCCGUCUGAGACAGUCAGUCGAAUCAACUUGGUUGACUUAGCUGGAAGCGAGCGAGCACAUGCUACAGGAACUACUGGAAUUCAUCUGAAAGAAAGUGGAAAAAUAAAUCGUUCUUUGGUGACUCUAGGAUUAGUCAUAUCAGCACUUGCUGAAUUGUCGUCGUAUUCUGGACAAGCGAGGAAGGUUUUUGUUCCAUACAGAGAUUCUAUUUUGACGUGGCUCCUCAGAGAGAGCUUAGGAGGCAACUCUAAGACAGUGAUGAUUGCCAACAUCUCUCCAGCUAGUUGCAACUACGGUGAAUCAUUGUCCACACUGAGAUAUGCCAGUCGUGCGAAGCAUGUUCUGAACAAGCCGACUGUGAAUGAGGAUCCGAAUGUGAAGUUGAUUCGAGAGCUGAGAGCUGAAAUAGAGAGACUAAAGUCGUUACUGGCAUCUGGACAAGUGGGCAUGACGUCCUCUCCAUCUGUAGCGGCACAACUGCAGCAGAAUGAAGAGCUGGCUGCAAAGAUGACUCGAGAGUGGGCGAGUCGAUGGCAAGAAACGCAACGGAUUAUGGAGGACAAGGAACUGGCGUUGAAACGAGAGGGUGUGGGUGUAUUGGUUCACUCUGAUGUACCACAUCUUGUAUGCAUUAGUGAUGAUCCGUUGAGCACCGGUGUGGUCCUCUAUCAUUUGCAGGAAGGAUUGACUCGCAUUGGCCGGGGGAGUGCAGAGUGUCCUCAAGACAUCAUUCUUACUGGUCCCGGAGUAGAGCUUGAGCAUUGUGUGUUUGAGUAUGAUGGCAACACGGUACAUCUUCAUCCAGUCGCUGGCUCUUGUUUUAUCAAUGCGACUCGUGUCACUGAGCCAGUAGAUUUAAAUCAAGGAGACGUUGUUAUGUUGGGUAAGUCUCAUUUGUUUCGAUUCAACAAUCCAUUACAAGCAUCGAGACUGCGAGCAGAGGGCAUGGGACAUCAUGUGUCAAAGCGGUUCUCAUUCUUUGCUAAUGAAGAUGGAGAAGGUGACUCUGGUUUUUCAGAAUCAGCAGGAUUCAUUCCACUUGUUGAGUUGGAAAGGAGACGAAAAGAAGAGACUAAUCGUCUAGAAGAAGCAAGAUGUCAUCUUGAACAGUUGAGGUUGGCAACAGAACAUCUUGAAGCAGAAUUGUUUGACAAGCAGCAACUCAUUCAUCAAGAGUCAACGAAUGGAAUUCAUGAGUUGAAACUAUGUGUAGACUGUCAGACUGUUGGUGACGAUCAGAAUUCCUCCAUAGGCAGUAGCUUGCUGUCUGUGAGCAGAUCCAUAUCACCUUUCUCUAAUGAAUAUUCUCCUGACAAAUUUGGUCACGAUUUUCAUCUUGCUAACAGCAGUUUUGUAACAAUCAACAACUCGUGGUCAAAGUGGCACGUUGACAAGGCUGUGCAGACAUUGGUAGACCUCGGUGUUCCGGAGGCAGGAGUUCAAACAGUCUCCACUUUAAAUCAUGUUGAAAUCCAGACUUCUGGUGAGUGGCUUAACAUAUCUCUGGAGAAGCUGCAUCUGGAAAAAGAAAGCAUUGCAGAAAAAGAUGCCUACGAGGCUCAGCUUGAGGAGCUAAGAAUGAAGCUUACUGGUUUGCAAGACCAGGUUCAGGAGGAAGAGCAGCAAAGACAGCAGCUGGAGAUAGAGCGAGAUCGACUGGUUCUACUGAAUGAACAAUUAAGAUUACACGAAGAAAAACAAAGAGAAGAAUCAGAAAAGCUGCAGAUGAAGCUCAAGCAUGAGUUAGAUAAGUUGCAGCUUGCACAUGAAGUCGAGGUGACUCGUAUGCGCAAGGAGAUUAUUACUGAAAGAAGGCGACAGAUACGGGACUAUGCUCACUUUCAAGCUCGUGCUGAAUCAGACAAAGACACCUGUGGUGCAUUAACUGUUGAUGAUACGAGCUUUAUCCACUUUGACAUCGACUCUAAAGACACAUCGAGAAGUUCUACACCUGUCAAUUUGCCCAUGCCAAAGCUAAUAUUGGUUGGAAUCCCUCAGGCAAUACUUCGGACGUUGCAACGGGACAUGUACCACGUCUAUCAGAUAAACCUAAAGGUUGCUGGAAGCAUGUGGUUUGUUGAGAGGAGGUACAAGCAGUUGGCCGAGUUUCAUUGUCUUCUGAGACGUUGGUUUCCUCCAGUGUCUACUAUCGACUCUUACUUUCCCCCAACAAAAUGGUUUGGAAAUAGAGAUCCACUCUUUGUGGAAAAACGGAGACGCCAACUGGAAUUGUUUUUGAAGCUGGCUCUACACUUGUGCUCUCAAUUGGCCGAGUGUGAGCUCUCGACUCUUGUCAAAAACCCGAUGACUUUGACGAAGGAAGCAUUCUGUAAGGUGUUUCCUUUCUUUGAUACAAACUGGGGAUAAGACAUCAGCUGCAGCUAUAUACAAGAAAACUUGCAUUCUGGUUCAUACACAGAGUCAUAAGCUUUCAGGAUAUAUCUCCAUCUAUAGUUAGCUAGACAGCCGUAGAAGAGAAUAUUUUGAGAGUAGACGUAUUGUAACAUUAGUGCAGCUUAUAUUCUCGCAAAUCGA